AUGCACCGGACUCCGCUUAGUCAGUCCUCGUUAUUCGCCUUAUCAUCAGCCGCUAAUCCUCAAUAUCCCCCGUCAGCCAACACCGAGCCGGAUCCCGGCUACAAUAACCCGUUGGAUCUUAAUAAGCACCCGCUGACUAACACCAGCACCAGCAACCCACGCAAACGGAUCAAGACCUCGAGAGCAUGCGACUCGUGUCGAGCCAAGAAGAUCCGAUGCGAACCACUCACUCACCCAUCCAUCCAAUCCACCCAAUCCACGCCCACCACGCCCACCUGCGCACAGUGCCACAACCACUCCAUCAACUGCACCUGGUUCCUGCCCAUCGCACUCACCCGCUUCAAGCCGCGCCACCCCAAACCAAACACCAAGGACACCAAAGAACCAGCGCAGCAACACCACACCCUCCCAGCAGCCAAUCAUCAUCAGCAUGGCCCCAACCCAUCCGAGCAACCCACCUCAUCACCUGCCCCGUCCCCAUCGCUCUCAACCGCUCCGCUUGCCGACGACAGUCUACCUCGUCGCCUGGAGAAAAUCGAUCCAAGAUCGAGUGACCAUCGGAUCUAUGGGAACACUUCCAUGUCAUACAUCAUGCAUUCCACCCGCUCGUUCCCCACCGAGCGGCUGGGUAACUACGAUUCUCAGUACUUUCAGGCACUAGAAGUCGAAAACAAUGGCGAAGGGUUCAUCAAGGUUUACGAUCAGAACUCGUCAGACGAAGACGACCCCGAGGAAGAUCAGGAUAACAACUCAUCUGCGAUCGACGACCACUCCUCUCUCCAAGGCGACUCCCCCGAGCCAUCUAGCGAAAAACCUGGGGGUCAGCCCACAGUGGCCCCACCUCCAUCUCAUCGAUCAAAACCUAGGAAAAGAGACGACGAGCGAGCACGCCCAUCCAACGAACCACCUGAUCAGCAGCCACAUCGGCACAAGCCUACCAUUCGCAUCCCCGAACUCAACCCACGGAUAGAGCCGAGCGAGAUCGAUCAACUCUUAUCGUACUACUUUCAAACCAUCUCUCCACACGCACCGAUGAUCAACGAGUACCAGUUUUACUACCUGACUCGAAAGCAAUCCGACCCCAGCCAACCUCACCCCCGUUCCAUCCUCGGCUCAUCGUCUCACUCGAAAUUACUCAUCUAUACACUGUGCGGCCUUGCCGCAAUGAACCAUCGUGUAUCCUCCGACCUCCGUCUCCGUGUCCGUCGGACGAUCGAGAGUUUCUAUCGCCAAAACGAGAUCCUCGCUCGCUGUGACAUCAAGUCCAUCCUUGGUCUCUUGGCCAUCGGCUUCUCCCUUGAGUUUGAAAUACCCGAGGCUGGAAGGAUAUGUUGGAAUGCAGUUGGAACGGCUAUUCGGAUGGCUCAAAGUCUAGGCCUGCAUCGAAAGAUCGAAUCUGCCAGACAUUCCGUCGUCCAUCAGGAGCUGAGACGCCGAGUAUGGUCUUGCUGCGUGAUCACCGAUCGAUGGGCCUCUGCAGUUUUUGGCUUGCCCAUGGCUAUCGAUCUACUGGAUUCCGACAAUCAUCUGAUUUGGAACGAUUCGGAGUACUUGCUCCACCUCCAACAAGACGAUCAACUUUAUCUAAGCCAUUUCGCUCUCCAGUCGCUCUCCAUCCUUCUCGGAAAGAUUUUGAAAGGCUUGUAUACCCCCUCCGGAAUCUUGCAUCUCAAAGAUGAGCUAUUAGUUAGUUUGAUGGAGGAGCUUAACGAAUGGCACACCCAACUCGCAAUCAUCUCCGACCCAAAGAAUCUUGGCUAUCUGCGUCUGGCCGCUGUGGCGGUCGAGUUCCUUCUCUUUCGUCCGUUCAUGAGGGCCGAGCCUUCAGGGACAAAAACGUUCAAGUUUGAGAUGGUAGAGGAAGACUUUGACCGAUUGAUCUCGCGCGCGCGGAAUGCCAUCGACUGGACGAGCUCGAAUCCUCAUGUUAUCGAAGGCCAGAUCAUUGGCCAGUAUAGCUUCUUUGUCUCUUGUCUGGUUCAGUAUCAUUCUUACAUCGGCCAGGGAAGUUUAGAGGCCUUGGAUGCUCUCGGUCAGGCCACCAAGGUGGUUAAAGGUGUACAAAAUCCGGACUGUUUUGUGCGCAAUCGGGUGCAUGAUAUCGUCCAGGCCCUCUUCUCGACGGCAGUGACCAAUCGACAAGAAGUUGAACGAUCCCGGCAAGCACGGUCUUCCCAGAUGGCCCCGGGCCCCUCUCAGACAGAUAUUCACAAGGUGAACAAUCCGGUCCUUGCCCAGUCGCUGCCCCCCGCCGACCCUCGCGAGAAUCGAAACCUCAACCACUCCCAGCCCCCGGACAUUCCUGCCCAAGUCAAGCUCGUCAAGCAGCCUAUGUGGUGGUGGGAUAUCAGCGGGAUCUACGAUCUCAAUUCCACGCUCGAUGUGCUCAGCGAUGCGCCCUUCAGGUGGGAUGGGCUCAGCCACCCGACUGGCUUGAUCAACUGGAAUUCUUCGUGGAGUGGCUCGUUGGACAACGGGCUGGCGGUUACUCAGGGUGGAAACCAAGUACCGUCAGCCCAUCCGCAACAACAUCAACAUACUCAACAGCACUCCCGGAUCGUGCCGGAUGGGGUGCACGACAGUGGGCUCGCUAUGCCCGCAUCGCUAGGUACAUCCGGCCCAGCUCAUCUGGAGCCCUGGGACCCCGGCAUGGGCGCUCCCCCGGUAACCAAUAGCAUCCCGACUACCCUCCCGCAAGUGAGGGCAAAUGCGUUCGAGUCCGGCCUGAUCACCACCUCCGUCUCUUCAGUCCACCAACCCGUCUACCAAGACCUUCUCAGUAACAGUCCCGAGCUACUUGCCUUCGCCCCCCAGAACUUUGGCCACCCCCCCACCUCCUCUUCUGCCCCUCCUUCUCAGACCAGCUUUCAGUUUGCACCCGCUGACCUCUAUCCGGCCCAUCACUCCGACCACAUCAACCAUCACCGCAGAUAUCCGAAUACAGCCGAACAAGACAACCUUAACCAGUCGGAUCUCUCUUCCUCUUUUCUUGUCCCUCCUUGA